AUGUAUAACUCUUGGAAACGGGACUUGUCGGAGAAAGGAAUCGAACUUAUGUCCAGAAUUCGUGAGGCGGUCCUGUCUAGGGGCUGCGGGGGUGUGAAACAUCUGUCAGUAAUCUUUAGACAUAUGGAUAUUGACUUUUCUCAAAAGUUGUCCAUGGAAGAGUUCAAGAUUGGAAUACAGAGAUUUGGACUCGAAGACCCACUCACCGAUGAAGAAAUACAACACUUAUUCUGUUCAUUUGAUACAGAUGAUAACCUAAUGGUUGAUUUUAAGGAAUUUCACAAUAGGUUAAGGCCUCCCUUGUCCCAAACGAGGUAUGACGUCAUCAUGGAGACUUUUCAUACACUUGACGUCAACAACGAUGGCCAGUUGCAGUGUGAAGAUCUGAAAGUGAGAUUUUCCGAUAAUGUGAAAUGCCACCCCAAGUAUGUGUCCGGUGAAUGGUCGGAAGAGGAAACUUUACGCAGCUUCCUGGAUACCAUUGACGACCAAAAUAACCCGGAUGGAGUAGUAACACGUGAAGAGUUCCUAGAUUACUACGCUGGAGUCAGCGCACUUUACGAUGAUGAUGCAUACUUUGACCUCACGAUGAGAGCUUCUUACGGUCUUCCGAAAAAAGGAUCAAAUAACAACAAAAAAUAG